CCUAAACUAUGGAGCUGCUAAAAAUGCAAAAUCACCUCCAGUACAGUAAGUAAUUAUUGUAUGUAACCCUCCCAUUAUCCUUAGAGUUCAUUUGACCCCAUUUAAUGUUCAAUGUCUCUUAAUACACUGUGUGCAAAAGUAUUGGGACACCCCCAUCCAAAUCAUUGAAAUCAGGUGGUGGUGUUUUUUUUUUUUUUUUUCUUCAGUGGUUGGGCUAUGUUUUAAUUAAAAAGCUAUUUAAGUAGUCAACAAAGAAACAUAAAUUACCUGACAAAAAAUAACCUGGGUAAAAUUCUAUUCUGGAGGUUUCAAUUGCUGGAGUCAAAUUGACCCCAAGGGCAGAACAUGUUUGUAAAUUUGACGAUAACAGGAAGGUUGCUUUUUAAACCUAUUUUUUCCAGUUUUUGCUCUCCAGUGCUUCAGACAGUUGUUGUUCUUUUGGCUGCUCCCUGUUCAGGGUGACCACAGCGGAUCAUUUGGUCCGCAUGUUUCAAUUUGACACAGGUUUUAUGCCGGAUGUCCUUCCUGAUGCAACCCUCCCAUUUAAUCCGGGUUUGGGACCGGCACUGAGAGUUAACUCUGCAGUGGAAUCAAACCCGGGCCACGGCAAUGAGAGCUUGGGAUCCUUCCACUGGACCGCCAGUGCUUUAGACAGUAAUAUGUACAUACACAUACAAUACACUACAGUAUAGAAGUAUGUUUGAGAUUUAGUCAGCAGUAACUGUAGGGAUGACCUUAAGCAAUUUUCCAGGGACACUGUGCCGUUAUAUUUCAGAACAGUGUAGCGGUAGUUAAAAAAAUGUAGUAAUUCAAUUUAAAUCAACGGAAAAGAAAAAUACAUGUUUAUAGAUCUAUGAGAUUAUAAUGUAAAGGUUACAUGUAGAUGCAUGUAAAUUUAUGAGGUAGGUGGUAAAGUACACUGUGGCUGUUUGAGAUGGAGGAAUAUUCCUUAGUUUGGAGCAGCUGCAUUAAAAGCAGUAUUUCCUGAGAUGCGCAGCUGAGAAGAACGCACAGAAAGCCUCUGAAGAUUAGAGAGUGUGUGCAGGUGAAGAUAGAAGAAGAUUUCAGUGCCUCAAAGACUUUGAGUAUCUUUCCUAUCAUUGUUCAGGGGCUUUUGUUUGUUGGUUUGUUUCUCCAACAUGGCUGUGUCUAGUCCUGUUUCAGUCUAGUGCUAUGGGCAAUGAGCUUCCUAAAAUAGCUCUGCUCCUCCUGCUUUAGCUCAAUAACACACACAGUACACUUCAGACGGAGCUGUGUAAUAGAAAGAAAGCUUUUAAACAAACAAGGCUAAUUUAAAAGAGAAGCCAAAGGAUCGACUGACCUUCAAACCAGAGACUGAAUAAGACAGUCUGGGUUUAUUGUGAUAGCAAUGCUUAGGCUUCAUUGGAGUCUGCCAGGUACUGUGAGUCUUCUGAUGAUCACUUAAAAUGCUGCUUUUUGUUCAUUAUUUGGACUAAAAGUUGAAGCAUUCUGAUCAAUCUGCUCUGGACUGAGUCUAGAAGUAUGGAUGCUCUCUUGGAGAUCUUCUCGGCACUAUUCCUCCGUCUGUUCUGGUGGAUAAAAUACGGUUUUGAUUAUAUUCUAAGACAUUUUUGGUUCAAGUGUGAUUUAACAUGGCUAAUGAAGAGUCAUAAUAAUGUUGCUAAAAUAAGGAGUACACCUGAUGGCAGCCCAACAGACACAUGGAAAAUGGACCAGGAAGCGAGGACAUAUCGUUACCAUGGGAACGGACCCAUGUUUACCAUCCAGACCAGCAAAUACCUUUUCUAUGUUGACGUUGAGCGGCUGGCAGACUGCAGCGAGUACUUCAGGGCUCUGUACAACUCCUGCAUGAGAGAAAGUACAGAGCAUCUAGUGAACCUGUCCCACGUGCCCUCCAGAGUGUUCCACAACCUCCUGGAGUUUUGCUUCCUACAAAGAUUCUGCGUGCCCAAUUAUCUUCUAGAGGAGCAUUUACGUGUUAGCACGUAUCUGUUAGUUCCUGGAUUCACUCGUUGCCUGCUGUCAUCUCUGUCUGAAAUCCUCACAGAGCAAACGUUCAUGCAUUACCUGCAGCUAGCUGAGGAGAUCAGCAGUUUUGAGCUCCAUGAAACUGUGUUGACAUACCUGAGCACAAACCUUCUAGAGCUUCCUCACUUGAGCAGGAGCCUGGAUCUCCACCUACAGCAGGAGAUCCUUCAGAUCCGCUCAAAGGGCUCACCUCAUCUGUGCUGCCUGAGGAAAGAGAAUCUGAUUUCACGAAACAUCCAGGAAACAGACUCCGCAAGGAGGCUCUUCAGGCUGGAUGAGGAUGAUGGGAAAUGGAGUACUGUUACAGAUUUGCCGUUUAGUGCAGAUAAGUGGUGCUUCACCACAGCAGUCCUGUUUAACUACCUCUAUCUCAUUGGUGGGUUCCGGCAACACAUGAAGAGGGGAUAUGAAUUCAAGAUGGCCUCCUUUCGAUAUAAUCCUUUAACAAAUAAAUGGGUAUCCACGGCCCCUCUUAUCAAGGCGCCACUUCAGUGCAGUGGUGUGUGAGGGGCAUAUCUACGCUGUAGGAGGCUGGUACCUGGACUCCCUGGUGACUCCUGACUCCAGCACAGGAGUGUAUACAGCAGUAGAGCGAUAUGACCC